UCGUUACCCCGCCGAUCCAAAUUUCAUACACAGAUUAUAGAUAGCCUCUCCACAAAUACAAAAAACACCACCGCCUUCUGCGCCGCCCAUCUCCGCCUGCCGCCGCCACCACAACAUUUACAGUAAGCUCUAUUUCUCCUCAACUGCUAUCUCAUUUCGCUUGCCGCCGAUAUUCAUCGGCGUAGGCUCGAAAUAGCUGCAAGUAAAAAAGCAAACGGAAAUUGGAAUAGUGUAUUUGAAUUUAUCUAUCGUUAACGCUACCUUAUCAUGUAAUGGAUGAUAUCUCUUCCUACCGUCAGAGAUAUAGGGCUUAAAUCCUCAUUGAUGCCAUGAUUGCUUAUAUAAUACUCCGUAACUGAUAGUUUUGCAAGGAUGCAGAGCAAAAAUGCUUUUGCGUUGUUAGCUGUAAAAUGGCAUACAGUUUGAUCAUAUAAAUUAUACCUUGUGAGCUGUGAACGAUACCUUAUUAGCACUGGAGGACAUUGCCUCCUUACUGUUAGAGGAUAAUAGAGCUUAAAUCCUUGUUGAUGCCAUGGUUGAUUGUAUGAUACUGAUAGCUGUGUAAGGAUACUGAGCAAAAAUGCUUUCUGUGUUGUUAGCUGUAAAAUGGCAUACAAUUUGAUCAUAUAAGUUAUACAUUGUGAGCUGUGAAUGCCACCUUAUUAGGACUGGAGGUCAUUGCCUCCCCACUGUUAGAGGAUAAUAGAGCUUAAAUCCUUGUUGAUGCCAUGGUUGAUUGUAUGAUACUGAUAGCUGUGAAAGGAUACUGAGCAAAAAUGCUUUUGUCUUGUUAGCAGUGGAAUGGCAUACUAUUUAGCAACAAAAAUUGACAGACUGUCCAAUUGGAAUUGGAUAAAACUCUUCCCAAGUUAAUUUGUGAAUCCUAACUUGUAACACAUUUUAAGUCCCUUUUAUUUUCUUUUGGUGUUUUGUGGUUGUACGCUUAUUCUUGUAAUGCUAGUAUAUAAGAACCAAUGUCCAAAGCCAAUGAGUUGGUUUUCUGAGAUUUAUGUUGGGGGACACCAAUUUCCUCGUAAAUUUAUACUAAGGGCCUAGAACUGGGCUUAUUGGAAUUCCUGUGGUUCAAUUAGAGUUGGAGGACUGCAGACUUUACCCUAUAUCAGAUUAAAAGGUAGAGGACAUAAGAUUAUGGAAAAGCUGAACAAUGAAAAAGUUGAAGAAACCUCUCAAGUUAAAGAGGUUACAUCCACAUAUGAAUAUGCUAUGGAAAAACUCUCAUCUCUAAUAACUCGGAAAAAGCGGGAUGGUAAAUCAACAAUAAGUGAAAUAGAGAAACGGGAAAGGAUGUUGAGUUAUAUUGAGAUUUUGGGCCUGGAAAAACAGAUAGCUGGUCUUAAAAUUAUACAUGUUGCUGGAACCAAAGGAAAGGGUUCAACAUGUGCAUUCUGUGAAGCAAUUUUGCGGGAGUGUGGCUUCAGAACUGGCCUUUUUACUUCUCCUCACUUAAUUGAUGUGAGAGAAAGAUUUCGUUUAGAUGGGUUGGACAUAUCUGAGGAAAAGUUUCUGCAGUAUUUUUGGGAGAUUUGGAACCAGCUGAAAGAUAACAUUGUGGAAGGCUUACCUAUGCCUCCUCUAUUCCAGUUCUUAACUCUAUUGGCUUUCAAAAUUUUUGCAUCUGAGAAGGUUGAUGUUGCUAUCAUUGAAGUUGGUAUUGGGGGAACAUUUGACUCAACAAAUGUGAUCAAAGAACCUGUUGUUUGUGGCAUUACUUCUCUAGGGAUGGAUCACAUGGAAAUAUUGGGAGAUACAGUAGGCAAGAUUGCUUCUCACAAAGCUGGCAUUCUAAAGCUUGGAGUUCCUGCUUUCACAGUGCCUCAACCUUCUGAAGCAAUGGAAGUUCUUUAUGACAGGGCACAGAAAUUGAUGGUCCCAUUGAAAGUAGUCACUCCACUUGACAGUAAGGUGUUAAAAGAUGUAAAGCUAAUCUUGUCCGGUGAUCACCAGCUCACAAAUGCUGCCCUUGCCGUCUCACUUUGUAAAAGCUGGCUUAAAACUACAGGACCACGACAGCUUGAAAAUGCUGACUGGGACGAGACUUUGCCACACAAAUUUCUUAUCGGGCUUUCAAGUGCACAUCUUUCUGGUAGAGCUCAGAUCGUUCAAGAUGACACUAUAAAAAAUUCAUCAGGAGUAAAUGGAAGUUAUCCUGGAGGUUUGACCUUCUACUUGGAUGGAGCUCACAGUCCUGAGAGCAUGGAAGCCUGUGCCAGAUGGUUUUCUGCUGUGGUGGGAGAAAAUAAAAAUUUAUCUCAUUUGUCAUCUUGCUCAAAAGAUCUAACUCCAAAAAAAAUCUGGGUUAAUGGUUGUAUCCAGGAUAGUGACAAGCAGGAACCCUACAAAAUGUCAAAGCAGAUUCUUCUAUUUAAUUGCAUGGAUGUAAGAGAUCCACAAAUUCUUCUGUCACGGUUGGUUAAUACCUGUACUUCAUCAGGUACUCACUUCUCAAAAGCUAUUUUUGUGCCAAGUAUGUCUGCAUAUAACAAGGUUACUUCUGGUACCUCAACUGUUCCUUUAAACAUUCCUCAAAAGGACUUGUCAUGGCAAUUCAAUCUUCAGAGAGUGUGGGAAAGAAUUUGCUGUGGCAAAGAUGUUCAUGUUCUAGACCAGAACCUGAACACAAAUACAUCAGGAAAUGUACCACCCUGCAAGUUUCUUUACAAGGAUGCUUCCUCUUGCAGUCAGGGAGAUGAGUAUUUUGGCAGUUCUGUGUUUCCUUCAUUACCGUUGACAAUAAAUUGGUUGAGGAAUUGCGCUAAGGAAAACCCUUCCUCUAGGAUUCAGGUUCUUGUCACAGGCUCAUUGCAUCUGGUUGGAGACGUGUUGAGGUUAUUAAAGAGAUGAAUAAAAGAAUUCUUUACACACAAAGGAUAGAAUAACAGUUGAUCUGAAAGGUAAAUAUGCAUUUUUACCGUGAUAAACUUCUCCUCCCCAUUAAUUUUGUGUUUUUACAGUUAAUUCACCCAACCAAAGCUAUUACUCAUAGUACAUUUAUUGUAUUUCUUAUUACUGUUGGUUUGUUGACUGCAACCUGUAUUUGCACUAUAUAUGCACAUUUCUAAUUAAUUGAGUUUGUCACUUAAAUGA